AGGCAUGGUACGGUGGAAGAAGCCCAAACGAUUUCUAUGUCGAAAAACUCAAGAUUAUGAAAGGAUUGAUGAUAUAGAAAAUAAUGAUGAAGAUUCAGAUGAUGAUGUUAUUUUGGAAAUAAAUCAUGACGGGGAACAUGAAGAUAACUACAGAAAUCCCAUGAUCAGAAUGGCAUACAUACCAAUUGUAAUAAUAGCAGUAAUCUAUUCAUCGUUCAUAUUUUUCUUCGCUCUAUUCAUUGAAGCUUCAGCCCACACAAACUCAAAAUGCAGCGAGGCACAUGAAAAGGAAAAAAUGUCAUCAGGUCUUCUUACACCGCCUAUGAAACAUAUAUUAGAAGAUCGUACCAAAUAUAAGAAUGAGAUAAAACUAUUGAAGACGUUUAAUGUGCAUCUCACUUAUUCGACAUGGAUCAAUUCAAUUCUUGAAAUUCUUGCUCUCAUCUACUCAUUUCUGUUGCUUUUAGUCGAUAGACAGUACCUUUAUCCGCUGUCACAAGUAAUUCUUUACCUAUUCACUCGAAUCAAUUUCGUUUAUACGGAUAUUUAUGGAAGAUUCUUCAGUCCGUCAGACGUUGUGGGAGCAAUCACAACCGAAGUUAUAUAUGACUUGAUUAGGUGGCAGAGCGAAUCUAAACUAUUUAAAGUGUUCCCUUUCACACCUUGUCCGCUACCAUUGUUGUUAUUUCCGAUUUUCCUAUCAAUUCUUCAAGUGUUUGCAAAUCAGAAGCACACACAUGUUUAUGAAAGUGAAAGGCUAAUGCGAAAGCAAAUUAGAGAAAAAUAUAUUCGUGAUGGUCCAUUGAAAUAUUACAGGAAUAUAAUUUUGUGAUUUCUAGUAACUUUGUUAGUUUCAUAUAAUUGCAAUUUUACAAUACAAUACAAUUGUUUU